UAUGCGCAUGCGUCUAAUGUUUGGCGUACGUUUAAUAUUAAAACUUUGGGUGAAUAUUCCGAUUUGUAUCUAAAAACCGAUGUUUUACUUUUGGCUGAUAUUUUCGAAAAUUUUAGACGCAACUGCUUCUCUACGUAUAAGUUAGAUCCUUUGCAUUAUUAUACCGCACCCGGACUUGCUUUCGAUGCUAUGCUCAAGUGUACGGGCGUUGAAAUGGAACUCCUCGAUGAUGUAGAAAUGUUAUUGUUUGUCGAGCGAGGUAUCCGUGGCGGCAUAGCCCAAUGUUCUAACAGAUACGCCAAGGCUAACAAUAGAUAUAUGGGCGCGGAUUUCGAUCCAACCAAAGAAGAAUCAUACCUCAUGUACUAUGAUGUCAAUAACUUGUACGGUGCAGCUAUGAGUCACUUCCUACCGUUAAACUCGUUCGAAUGGGAACAAAAUAUCGAACAACUGGAUAUUUGUAAGAUUCCCAAUAAUUCCACUAUAGGAUAUACAUAUACUUGA